GGCAACCACCCUCUUCCUUCUCUCUUCAACAAAUUACAAAUGGAGCACCGUAUCAUCUUCUUUCUCUCCCUUUCCACUGUCGCUGCUGCCGCGUUUUCCGGCAACAACCAUGGCUAUUCAUACCUGGAACCUACUUCUUUCCAAAUCAGUGAUACCGAAUCCUUGAGAAACACAACUUUGUUCGUUUUCCCACCUCACAGACUACUACAAACGCCUUCCGAUUCAUGCAGGGUAUGGUCGGAGGCUUGCUCUGAGGAGAUUUUGUCGAUGGCGAAACGACCGCAGAACGUACAGUGGUUGAAGUCGUUGAGGAGAAAAAUACAUGAAAACCCAGAGCUGGCGUUCCAGGAGUUUGAGACGAGUAAACUCAUUAGAAACGAGUUGCAGAAGAUGGAAAUUGGUUACCGGUUUCCGUUGGCGAUCACCGGAAUCAGAGCUACUAUCGGCACAGGUGAAGCUCCGUUCGUCGCCCUCAGAGCUGAUAUGGAUGCGCUGCCUAUUCAGGAAGCGGUGGAAUGGGAGCAUAAAAGCAAAGUUCCCGGGAAAAUGCACGCUUGCGGCCAUGACGCACAUGUAACGAUGCUUCUUGGAGCUGCCAAGAUCUUGAAGUCUCGAGAGCAUCUUUUAAAGGGGACUGUCGUACUUAUCUUUCAACCAGCGGAAGAAGCCGGUAAUGGUGCCAAAAAGAUGAUGGCCGAUGGUGCUCUUGAAAAUGUCGAGGCAAUCUUUGCGGCUCAUGUUUCACACCAACACGAGACUGGUGUGAUCGGGUCAAGGCCCGGCCCACUUUUGGCAGGCUGUGGCUUCUUUAAAGCAAUUAUCCAGGCCAAAACUGGAUCUGUUAAUCCAGUUUUGGCUGCCUCUGCAACUGUCAUAAGUUUGCAAGGGAUCGUGUCACGAGAAGCAAAUCCCCUCGAUUCCCAGGUUGUGUCUGUUACAACCUUUGAUGGCGGUGAUGACCUUAACGUGAUGCCCGAUUCCGUUGUUUUGAAAGGAACCUUAAGAGCGUUUUCAAAUACUAGUUUUUACCAACUUAUUCAAAGAAUCGAAGAGGUGAUUGUACAGCAGGCAAGUGUUUUUAGAUGCUCGGCAACAGUGGAUUUCUUCAAGAAAGAGUCGACGAUAUAUCCACCAACAGUCAAUGAUGAGAGGAUGUACGAACAUGUGAGAAAGGUGGCGAUGGAGCUUGUCGGUCCGGCGAGUUUCAUGGUGGUGCCGCCAAUGAUGGGUGCUGAGGACUUCUCAUUCUACUCUGAGGCAGUCCCUGCAGCGUUCUUCUAUAUUGGGAUAAUGAAUGAGACAUUGGGUUCCACACACACCGGACAUUCCCCGUAUUUCAUGAUCGAUGAAGAUGUGCUUCCUGUUGGAGCUGCAACUCAUGCUGCCAUUGCUGAAAGAUAUCUUAAUGAACUGACACGAUGAGGAUUUAAAACUCUGAUUUCUAGUUUGCCUUAGUUUUGAUAUAUAGGUUUUAGAAACAAACAUGUAUCUAAAGGAUAAAGACUAAUCACGUAUGUAUGUUUUUAGUCAGUAGAGUAGUUGUUGUAUCUUCAUGAAUGCGAUGAUGUUUUGAUCAA